UCACUGUUUUAUAUUUCUCGGUUUGCCAGAAAGAAGUACUUGUUUAUUUUGUUUGAGUCAGUGAUCCGGUAUUUCUGUAAAGACAAUCAAACUAGACUGAAGUAAAGCAAAGAAAACUCCGGGGUUUAGGCGUUGUUGUACAUUUCAUUUUGGGGUUUCUUUUGAUCGCUGAAAGAAAGCAAAUCAUGACUGACCUUUCAAAAGUUCUUUUGGAUACACAAAACACAAGUCCCGAAGAUUUGCAGGUUUUACAUGAAGGCUUUAUUUUGCCCUCGAGAAUGUGCAAGCUUGAAACUUUAACUUCACUGAAGACUUUGGAAACUAGGAAAGGAGACGUUCUGUUAAUAGCGUAUCCUAAAUGCGGAUUCAACUGGACAAUACAGCUCUUGAAUGACAUGGCUGCUACUGUCAAGGGGGAAGAGAAUACAAUGCGAGGACCUCAUCAGAUUCUGGAAUUUGGACCUCUACAAAAAUACCAGGAAUAUGAAGAACAGAUGGACCCUAGAGUUUUUGGAACACACUUAACUUAUAAUCUCAUUCCCAGAUCUUUUUUUGAAAAACAAAAUAAGGUACAGUUGCUUUUUCCUUCCUCCUUUUAUAUGAAAAGUUUAUUUUCAUUCAUACCUGAAAAAAUAGAUUUCUGUGUUAAGGAAGGUAGUGCAUGGUGA